AUGAUAUUUAUUAUAAACUUAAUUGUUAGUUUAGCAUUCAUUUGGAUUACCUAUUUAGUAUAUUCAAUUAAGUAGUUUAAACAUGAAUUAAUAGCAGAAUAUAUAUUAAACUUUGUUAGAAGAUUGCUUUUUUAAUCAUCUAUUAUUAUAUUUUUCCCUUUACUUAUUUCAAAUGGAUUAGAAUUUGAACAAAAAUAAUUUAAAAAGAGUCAUCAAUAUUUAAAAAUUAUACAUUUGAUAGAUUAGCUUUAAAAUGAUGAGAAAGAAAAUCUAAUUGCAUAUGUGAAUCAAGAAUUUUCAGUGAAAUUUAAAAUGGUGUUGUUAGUUCCUAUUGUAUUAUUGCUCAUAGAAGUAUAUUUAAUUAUUUAAAUCAAAAAUCAAGAGCCUUAAAAUAAUGAAGAUAACAACAAUUUAGCAAUUUCUUCUGAAAACUAAGCUCCUCAAAUUAUUUUUUAACCAAAAAAUGUUUCAGAAUAUGUUUUUGAUAAAAAUGAUGAGAUUUUGAAAAUAGAAAGCUACAUUCGUAAUAAUAAUAUAGAAAAAAUGAGAUCUAUAGAAGAUGUAAAGAGUAGUUAUUUAAAUAAUCAAUCGGACCUUUUAAAUAAAUUAUAAUUUGUAUCAUAAUCUGUUAAUUUAGACAAUCGAUGGAAAAAAGCCUGAAAAAAUAAUGUUUUCUUAAUACAGUAAUAAAUAAUUGGCAAAUGCUAGACAUUUUGGUUAAAUAGAUGAAUCUUAACAAUCACCGAAUUUUAAGACUAUUCAUUCUCAAGGAUUGAUUGAAAAUUCAGAUGCUUUUGAUUCUCAACAAAAAACUGAUUAAUUAAUUUAAAGGAAAAUAAAUUUAAUGAUAGGUUAGUUAGUUAUUUUAUAGAUAAUAUUUGGAUAUGUAACAGGAGUUUAAGAAAAACUCAUACUAUCUAUUUUCAUCAUAAUUUUGUCCUCAUGUUUAAUAAUUGAUUUAUUUGAUGACUUAAUGUUAUUUAGUAAUUAUCAUAAAUAUUUAAGUUUCAAAAACCUUAAUGGGAGUAUGUUUACUUAUGUUUUACUUAAUAUUUAUAACAUCAAUGUUUUUGGGAGUGUACUUGAAUUAAAACCUUGUUCAGAUAUGUUAUUGUAUAAUAAUUGCCUUUUGUCUAAAGCCUUUCAUAAACUUUUUUGGUCAUUAAACAAUAAAACAAACUUUGAUUUUCUCUGGGAUUUCUCUGUCAUUAUUGAUUAUUAUCAAAUUAUUAUAAUAAUUAAAUUGAAAUUAAUGUCUUUUAAAUAAACAUCAGGUAAAGUAAUAAUAGAUACUUCACAUGGAUAUUUGGAAGUUGAAUUAUGGUCUAAGGAAAUACCUAAAGGUUGUAAAAACUUUAUUUAAUUAUAUUUGAAUAGAUAUUAUGAUAAUUUUCAUUUUCAUAGAAUGUUUUCAAAUUUUAAGAUAUAAGUCGACAUGAGGCUAUAUAUAAAGGGAAAAAAGAAAAAAAAAUAUUGA